CUCUAUAGCUCGGUGGGUUGCUCAGUUUGUUUUCUGUGCUUACCCUCUCUGGCCAAGGAAAUGUAGAUUUUAACUAAUGGUCACAAUGACUUAAGUGGACAAUAGCUAUGAAGUAGAUUUUAAAACUAAUGGUCACAAUGACUGAAGAGAACCAUAGCUAUGAAGUAGACUUUACAUUGAACAUCACGCCGAACUUCACUUUAUUAUCCGAGAAAACACCACAAGUAGCGUCUCUAACUGCUAUCGUACUGUUGACAUUAUUGUUUUCUGUCAUUGUUGUGGUCGGUCUCGUUGGCAACUGUUUGACGAUAGCCCUAGUUCUGAGGAACAGCAAGAUGAGACAAUGUGUGACCAAUGUUCUCAUCGUCAACGUGGCUGUCUCCGAUGUCAUCAUCAUGUCAUUUGGAGUGCCCGAAAUUGUCAUGUUCUUUCUCAACAAAGGCUGGUUACUCCAGGCAGUAGCCUGCAAAGUCAACAGGUUCUUCUUAGUUGUUGCUUUGUAUUCUUCUGUUAUUUCCCUUGUUGUAAUAUGCAGUGAAAGAUUUUGCGGAAUACUCUUUCCAUUCAAAGUCUAUGAUGUUUUCAUCAAAAGAAAUCUUCUACCAAUUGUGACUUUGAUCUGGUUUAUCUCUGGCUUAUGUGGUUUGCCAGUGCUUUUAUUUAACACAGUAAUUCCCACACUGAACGGCUAUGAUACUUGCCAGAUUGUCUUUCCAGGAACACAUCGCAACCGAACGUUCUUUAUUUAUAAAUGUUUAGAGUCCAUUCUUUUUUAUUUCCUUCCUCUGAUGACUCAAGUAACAAUGUAUUCAAUGAUCAGUCGACGCUUAUUUUCCAGCAGCAAGAAAUUGUGGGACUCGGAGUCCGCCUCUAAACUCAAGAAGUGGUCUCUAAGAGAGACUAUCAAAACACGUCGUAGUGUGGUCAAAAUGUUAGUGGCCAGUGUAGGUCUCUACUUUCUUAGUUACUCACCAAUUCAAUUUCAAUUUUUUUAUCAAACAUUCACAUCGGAAAAUUCCAAAGACAUAAGAAGCUGGGAAUUUUUUGUGUUCGCCAUGAUUUUAACUCACAUUAAUUCCGCCGCUAACCCAAUUCUCUAUGGGAUAUUUAGCCAGAGAUACAAAGUGAAAUAUCAGAGCUAUCUAUGUCGUUGUGGUAGCAAUCAACACACGAAACAGCUGAUUUCAACUUCAACCAAAUCUACCAGGACUGAGGAAACAGAGAUCAAGUCUUAGGUGUACAUGUAAGAACUAUACAGACAAUACAAGAACUAAACAGACAAUACUAGAACCAUACAGACAAUACAAGAACCAAACAGAUAAUAUAAGAAUCACACAGAUAAUAUAAGAACCAUACAAACAAUACACGAACCACACAAACACUACAAGAACCACAAAGACAAUACAAGAACUACAAAGACAAUACAAGAACUAUAAAGACACUGUUGUGACACUCUACUCAUAAACGAAUAAAUAGUCUCAACGAUUUUUCAUUGUUCACUCUACUCAAGUGAAGUCUAGUGUAUCAUUUGUUACUGUGCCUUUAUUCUAAAUGUUUAUUAUCGAUAAACAAAAUUAACUGUCAUUUUUAAUAGCGUAUUUAUAGUCUCAAGUUUUUGCAUAGUCUUAAGGAAAAACUAAAACAACUUAUAGAUGUUUUUAAAUGGACAGAUUUUUUCUUAAAUGUUCUAAUGUUUGCAUCUCUAAUGAAGAACCAAAUGACCCAGAGUUUGAAUCCCAAUGCUGAAAUGUGUGACUUUGUCCUCGUGUUGAAGUAAAUGAGGUCAAAGCCACAGCUCUAUGUAAUAGCCACGUAAGCCGCCUGACCUUCGCUCUGUGUUCAGUCUAUAUAUAGGUCAAACCCACAGCUCUAUGUAAUAGCCACGUAAGCCGCCUGAC